UUGUUAUUGGUUAUGUAUGCAUGCAGAAUAAAAACAUUAUGUAUACAUAUUAAAUGUGGUUUUUUACGUUAUGGGCGUGGUUAUAAAGUGGGCGACGGGCGUAAUAACUCGUCUCCAAGCAAAAAGACAGGAGGAAGCAGCUGCAGCUGCUAACAUGGCUCAACUAGACAGCUUCCCGGAUCCGUCUCUUUAUACUGUAAGAGCUGCCAUCAUUCUGGAUCAGGAAGGACAACGACUGUUGGCCAAAUACUAUGAUCACACUUUCUCGACUCUGAAGGAGCAGCAAGCUUUUGAGAAAGAGAUUUUUCGUCAAUCUCAGAGAUCUGAAAGUGAAGUGCUGCUUGUUGAUGGUGUCACUGCUUUGUGCCAACGUUACUCUGACAUCAUGUGUUACAUCAUCGGAGGACCACAGGAGAAUGAGCUGCUGCUGCUUACAGCCUUGACAUGUAUAUGUGAAAGCUUAUGUCACAUGCUGCACAAAAACGUGGACCGGAGUUCUCUACUGGACAACAUGGACACAGUUUAUUUGAUACUAGAUGAGGUCAUAGACCAGGGGGUAAUUCUGGAAAGUGAUUUUCAACAAGUUGUUCAAAGACUCAGCUUUAAGACAAUCUCGGAGCCUGCCUUUGGAUUUGUCUUGUUUGAUUACAUUACGGGCAAUAUGGAACAGAGUCGUGGUGGGAAAGAGCAGACAUAAAGAAUCAUUGCUGUCACUAUUCAGGAUGUCACAUGCUCGGCCUUAUUGCAAGUGUCCCAGAGGCAGAGCUGUCAAGGACUUGUCAUGUGCGUUGUUAUACAGCACUGUGUACACUGUUUGUUUGUUUUGUGUAAAUGUGCUCUUGAUUAUGACUGUUGGUCUCAUUCUCUAAAGCUCUCUGGUCUGGCGACAUUAUCUAACAUCUGUGCAUUCACUCAGUAAAGAGUAAUAAAGUAACACACUCACAUGUGGGUGAGCACACACAGGUGCUGAAAGAGCAAGCUGGGACUUCUCAGCUGCCCAGCUGACUGAUCUCCCCAUGACAACAGCAGGAGUCCAGGAUCAGAAUAGCCUGAUGAAACAGCCUUAAGGCUGAGAAACGUGUCGCUUGUUUUAAGAUGUUUUUUUAAAACCACCUUUAUAUUGACAUACAAUGUUGCCACUGUUUGCUGUGCCUGUCUCUGCUUGAGAAUUAAGCAUUGAACGACCGGUCACUGUUGGUGAAGUUUUGAGGUCCCGGGCUCCUUCUGCCACGGGGAGAUCAGUUAGCUGAGAAGUCCCAGCUUGCACCUUCAGCACCUGGGUGUGCUCAACCACAUGUGAGUGUGUUAUUAUGCACAGAUUGUACUUGGCCAUGUGGCGCCCCUGUUUUCUUUUUUAGUGUGGAAUUUGAGAAGAAGAGCCGCCUCACAGGGAGCGUCCUGGGUGAAUUCUAGAACACCUAGAUCACGCCAUCUUUCCUAUUUGGAUGAAAGUGGACACAUGUUUGUGCAUGAGAAUUGUGGACUUCCACUUCUAUAAGUUAUUUUUUAGACUUUGUGAUCAUUUGAUGGAGGAGAGUGCCCCCCUUUCACUAGUUUGGACAAUAUCUAACCUCAGUACUGCGGGGUCCCUCAGUAGGGUAAACCACCCAGUCGUUAGUUUUAAGGUUCAGGUCACAGUUGAAAAUGAAGAAUAAAUAUAGAAAUAAAGAUGAUAUGUGUGUUAGAAUCUAAUUAUAAACGUAUUAUUAUUUAAUCCGUCCUAGCUGUAUAAUUAUUAUAUAUUAUAUUAUGCAAAUAUAUGCUAAUGAGCAUGGCUGGUAUUUUUUGGUAGAAAAAGUGGCAACCAUAUCCCUCAAAGAAGUUUAAAAGGGCAACUUGUAUCUGUAGAGCUGUUCAUCUUUGUAUACAUGCUUACAUAUGUGAAGGAGAAGACACAUACAUUACAAUAUAAAACAAAAUCUGAAA